AUGGGGCUGGACGAUAACGCCUGGUGCGCAUAUCACAGGUGCAGAGGUCACUCCACAGAAAAAUGCUUCCGCUUAAGAGAUUUAAUCGAAGAACUAAUAAAAAGCGGACACCUUCGCAAAUUCAUUGACGACGCCGCCCAAGGGCGGGUUGUCGUGCCAAAAGUUCCCCGGCAGGAGCCACGAGACCCUCCUGGGCCAAACAGAGAGCCUCCCAAGGGGAGAAUCUCCGUGAAUACAAUAGCGGGAGGAUUCUCAGGCGGGGGCGAAUCAAGCUCAGCAAGGAAAAGGUAUGUACGCCGAGCCAUCUCGGAGAUAUACCUCGUAAGUCAACCUCAGCCAUUAGACGUACCGGAUUUGGCAUUCACGGCAAAGGAUGGUUUGGAAGUAGCACCCCAUGACGAUGAUCCCUUAGUGAUACAAGUCCAAAUUUUGAAUUGUGAUGUAAAAAGAGUACUGAUAGAUUCGGGGAGUUCAGCGGACAUUAUGUACUGGGAAGCUUUCAAGGCCAUGCAGUUAGCAGAGGAGCAAUUGCAACCAUACUCCGGAACCCUGGUUGGGUUCUCUGGCGAACAAGUGGACGUGAUGGGUUACGCCUCCCUUCUUACCACGUUUGGAGAAGGCAGCAACGCCAAAACUAUCAAGGAAGGCCCGCCUUUAACACAUUAG